AUGAACAUGAAUGUAAAGAAAAGGUUAUUUGUCAGACUGGUUGUGUUAGCAGCAUGCCUUGAACUUGUCCUGGUACCUUUAGUAGUGAAACGGUUCCUGCCACGACAUACCGAAACAAGGUUUUGUUUCAAUAACGAGAAUAUUGUAAAAGGAAAUCCUGAAUGGGUUGAACAUCUCAAAUCCAAGAAAGGGGAGACUGUAAUUGACGGGUCAUAUUGCGUUGAAGCUAGUAAGGCGAUAGAUGCUAUUGCGUCAAAGAUGACUCAAGCAAGAUAUGACAAAGAUGCAAACCCUGAACAUAACUUAUCAAAUCUAACCAUGUUCAACUGUGAAAUUGAGGAAAGAAACAUAUCAAAAAUACAGCUUAAGUUCAAAGGAGCAAGAUUAAAGUCAGGUGAAAGCUCAAAGAUAUUCUGGAAGUCGGAUAUAAGGUUCGGCAGCGAUGUACAGUAUAUAGUCGAAGAAGGAGCGAUUUCUAUCAAGAAAUCCGGUCAAUAUUUUAUUAAUGUACAACUUACAAUCAGAAUGAAUGUCGGAAGCUUUUCAGACGAUGUGAACAAACUUGUGAAACUUCAAGUUAUUCAGGUGAAACAAAGAAGUGAGGUCAUUAUUGUUGAGAAUGUUCAUGCCGUGUGUCAAAUACCUGAUGAACAAAGUGAACAGUCAAUCAACGUUGGUGCAGCAUUUCAGCUGAAGGAAAAUGACAAGUUUUAUGUGGCCUUUUCACAUCCAAAUUUACUUUCAACGGGAAAUGGGAGGGAUCAUUUUAGUAUUCAUGCCAUAUGAAUGCAAUAUUUUAAAAUCUGUCUUUUGUUUGUUUCAUUUUACGCCUUUUUCCCUACAGUAUUUCAGUCAUAUAGGCGGGUAGCUUCCUAACCUUCGUUCCUGGAGAGUUACACCAGUACAAGACUACCUUCCUCUCCGCGCUAAACUACCAAAGCAUCUCCCGGGGAUCGAACCCAACCAGAGAGGUAACUGGAUUAGAAGACAUCGACUCUAACCCCUCGACCACGAAGGCGGUUUAAACUCUGUCAAAUUUUUUUGACAUCUUAAAUGGCAGCUAGAGUUAUUACCCGUUUUUUAGAGGAGGGCUGUUUUGUUGGAUUCUAGCUUACACUUUUUUAUCAAAUUAUUACAUAAUAAUUCAUAAUAUUUCUCAGGAAGUAUAUCAUAUUGAAUCUUCAAGAAUAUCGUUACUAAGACAUAAGGCCUUAAAUUUUAACUUAGAAUUAUGUUUAUGUUGAAACUUAGUGACAUUGAUUAUGUAUUGUUUUAUGGACAUUUCAUUCUCAACUUGUUGACUAUUUUACUAAGU